UAUUAUAAACCGAAAAAAGUCUCUCUCAAAUUUCGCGAAUAUAUAAAUCCAUUAAAAACGAAAUUCAAAGGCGGAACAAAAAAACCCAAAAAAAAACAGAAAUUAAAUACAGAAAGAUAGAAAAAUAAAUAGAGAAAAAUUUGAAAAUUUCAUGAAAGUUCCGGUCAAUGGACCUCAAUAUCCCUCUCACAAGUUAAUGUUUUUCAACACGCCUAUAUACUUAGCCUUCAGAUUAAAUGUUUUAAUGAGAAAUACAGACAUAUUUGACGUUUAAAAGCGACCGCGGGGCGCCCGCAGGGCCGCGUACAAAAUUUCGCGACUCUCAACAUCAAGAAACAUGUCCUGUCCUAUUAAUAGAAAAUCACGUCUCACACGCGAUCCGUCCCUUAAGACGUGGAGUUAUUUUCGCCCCGCGACUCGCUACAAUUCUUCGUUCAGUGCUUUUCAAGUUUCGUCGAGAGUAAAGUGCGCGCUUUCCGAUUUUCGUGAUAGCUUUAAACUUGGAGACAAAAGAGAUGUUACAAUAAAAAUAUAAAUGACACUUUGAAAAAUGCCGAAACUAAAAGUCGACCUUGUUCCACAUUCGGAUCAUAUUCCUCUCAUUCAUUGAAUUUUUUCAUGUUUUCAAAUUUUCAAAUUCUAGAUAAUAAAAUUAUUGAAUAUUAUUUAUUAUUUAUAUAUUUAUUGAAUUAAAUUAAUAUUUAUCGGACGUAAAUAAAUAAGUAAAUAAAUUUGCAAGGUUUUGGUAAUUAUUCCAGCAAAAAUUGUGAAAGUUAACGAAAAAUUGGUCAAGUGUCCGCAAUCUAAAUUUACGGGUAUCAUAAAGUCGCGCCUUGCCAAAAAAUAUUACGAUAUAAAAUUUAUAUGAAAAAGAAGUGCCAAAAAUAUUUUCUGUGAAAAAAAAUUGAAAAAAAGUGUUAAAGAUUUGUUUUGUCCAGAUUAUUUCGAAUAUUGAAAAUUUGUCGCUUUUUCGCAAACAUAUUUUUUUUGUCAAGCUAAGAAAAAUAAAUAAAAAUGAAUUAUUUUGAAUUAUAAAGAGAAAAUUUACCAAAUGGCAAAGAUGUUCAGUUCACUGCGUUUGGCGACGAUGCGCUCGCACAAAAAUCGUGCACGUCCAGGUAGUGUUGCAACGUCGGCGAGUUCCGAUUCGCCACGCAGCGACGAGCAAUAUUAUCCAUCGGGAUUCCUCUCCAUGGAGGAAAUGGAGAACAAUCCCUGUCCAAUAAGCGUUUCGUCGAAAGUCGCUCAGGUGAGAAUUGAAAGAGAGGGCGGCAGUUUGGGAGUGACAUUACGUGGCGGUGUUGCGAGAGCAUUAAUAGUGACGAGUGUCAAAUCCGAUGGACCUGCCGCAAGGGAAGGAAGAGUUAGACCCGGUGAUCGAUUGCUCGCCGUCGAUGAGACUGAAUUGCGAGGUCUCUCAUUGGCCGAGGCGCAACGUGCUCUUCGCCGUAGUUCCGAUGCUCCCGUUGCAUCCCUCACCAUUGAAUACGACAUCGCCAAUAUGGACGAGGCGAGGGCCGCCACUUCCGGUCCGCUUCUGGUUCAACUCGAGCGAGGACCUUCCGGUGAAUUAGGACUCACAGUGAGAGAGACUCCAAACGGCGUCUAUAUUGAGAGUCUUCGGCCAGCGAGUACAGCGGAUCGUUGCGGUGCCCUUCAACCAGGCGAUCGUCUUCUUGCCGUUGAUGACACGACGGUGCAGGACGCAGUGAAUGCUGCGAAACUUCUUCGCAAUUCAUCGGAUAAUUGUCGAUUAGCUCGACUGGAAAUUCUGCCGAGACCGCCGAGUUCAUCGAAUAGAACCAUUAAACGCAGGGCACAGGCACAAAAAAUCCUCAAUCAAACACUCUAUAUGAAGGAGAAUUUAACAAUUGUCCUGAGGCCCGAUCAUCGAGGUUUGGGUCUCGUUCUUAAACUCUCCGAAGAUCAUCUCAAUUACAUUGUUGACAUUCUCGAACCCGGUGGACCAGCCGAAAGAAGUGGCGUUCUUCUGCCAGGCGAUAAAGUCAUCGCCAUUAAUCGACGAAUAUUACGCGAUCUCCCUCCGUCCGAAGUUGCCAUUCUUCUCGAAUCUUCUCAGGUUGAAUUGGUGACGGAAUAUAAAGUUGGAGGCGCAGUGGUACCAAGUUCGGGAAUAUUUAUGGUUAGAGUUGCGAGACCAUCUGGAUGUCAGCCAGAUUUGGGUCUCACUGUAAAUGAGGAUUUGGAAAUUGCCGAAGUCCGCCGAGGAUCAUUAUCAUAUCGCACUGGAAGUUUAUCGCCAGGCGAUCGACUAUUGGCAAUCGAUGGUCAAAAAUUAGACCCGGGCGAUCUUCGCGAAGCUGCUCAAUUACUCCAUCGACCUGGGAAUUCCGUAGUCGGUCUCACGGUUCGCAAACCGGAUCUAGUCUCAGAUACAAGGGAAUCGAGUAUAGCCGGAGAUUCCAUACAACAAUAUCCAAAUGGUAUUUUGCGUUCCGCGAGGGAGAGUUUGCCGAGUGUCGACAGCGCCGUCGAUUCCUGGGGCGAAAUCGGAGAAGUUUGUGGACCGGAAAUAUUAAGACUCUGGGACACGACGUCAAUUGACAGUGGUCAAUUAGAACUGCCAAUGCCUUCUUAUCAAAGUUCGAGUCCAGACACACGUGACCAACAGAUAGUGCACGUCUCCCUGCACAAGGAUCCAGUUUACGAGGACUUUGGCUUCUCCGUGUCCGAUGGCGUUUACGAGCGUGGCGUCUAUAUAAAUCGCUUGCGACCAGGUGGCCCUUGCGAUGGAAUUUUAAAACCCUACGAUCGCAUUCUCCGUGUAAACGAUUCAAGUACCGAAGAUUACGAUUGCUGUCUGGCGGUUCCACUUAUUGCGGCAGCUGGUUCACGUUUGGAUCUCACAGUAGCGAGACCAAAUCUCGAUAAUGUCAACAAGACUCUAUAAAAAGAAAAUUAAUCCAUUUCAAUUAAAACAAGUCUUAAUUUUGGUUUUAUUUUUGUACACAUGCGUUUAUUUAUAAAAAUAUAUGUAUAAUACAUUA